AUGCAAGAGCACAUCCGACGUGCGCACCCCAACUACUACAUUCCCAAGCUUCCCGCAACCGAGGAGAGCUUUCAGUUGAUGGUCAGCACUCCACCGGAUCAGAGGCCGCACCAGCAGCAACCACCUCCCACCUCACAUCCUCGUCGAGGCCCAAAUGAUAUCGUCGACAGAGAUCUCUUUGCUCGAGACCAGAACUCGCCUGCCACUCCACGAACCUUGGAUGAAGCUCAUCCAGCGGCUGCCACAGCUGCUGUGGCUUUGGCGCAGCUUCAGCACCACCGAUUGAUGUCUGAAUGGGACUCUGAAGUGGACGCCCACUCUGACACCGAUAUGAGAAGGGACCGUAUGCGCUCCUCCGUGGAGCUACCUCCCCUUCGUGACCACUUCAAGCAGGAAUCAAUUCCUCCCUUUUCUCCCCGUCCACGAGAGCUGCUUCCCUCAAUCUUGGCGCAUUCACCGCCAGGCCGCUCAUCAACCUUGCCGCCGAUUCAACGAAGGGAGAAAAUUCAGCGCUCUCGUAAAGGUUCGCUAACACAAGCUCGUAAAGGGAAACACGAACGUACAAGAUCAAAGGAGUACGGUCGCCGCUCCAGCAUCAACGAACGCAAAGCGUUAUCUGCGGAACCCCAGACUGCAGCUUGGGUCCAAGGAAAGCGAUGGGAAGAUUUAAUUGAGGCCGCAACUUCUGCUACAGAGGUCGAUGACGACCAUGACAUGACGCCUGUCCCUCAUUCGCCGUCAUUCCGCUCUCUUGCCAGUGUGACUUCAGCGCCUUCAGUUCAGAAACAUCGCUCAUCCCUACCACCUGCAUUUCAGCCAACACCUGGAUUACCACCCGCGCAAUCUUCCUAUCCUAGGCAAUUCGCACCACCAUCUUACACCGCUUCUCCUCUCCAAAAAGCACUUACACCUCCCCCGUACGAACACGGCGGCCCUCCAGAUACGGACUUGGAACCGUUCCCGUCAGUUGAGUCGUCUUUGGAUUCUAAUUCCUCUGUAUCUGGCAAAAACUUCCACAUGUCCACGACUGGGUUGCCUCCGCCAAUGUCUGAUUCCAGCCCUAUACAACCGCCUCGUCCUGGCACUAGUUCCUACCCGCCACCUUCACAUCCCCACCAGCUACAACCACAUAUCCGAAACCGAAUUCACCAUCGAUUGUCCAAUCCUACCCCUUUCAGCAGUCACAGCGGCAAAGACGUUCAAAUCUACUGCGCUUCCUGCUCUAGACCAUGGCCUCUGCGCGACUGCCUUGCGUGCACCGAGUGUAUCUGUGGUGUCUGCAGGGAGUGCAUCGGCAUGAUGGCUGGUACUAUCGGAGCGAGCCCUGCUUCGAUUUUAAACCCAACUAGCAACCCUGGAAACGGGAUUGCCGGCAACGGAAAUCUGAGCGCGCCCAGAACAGGCUUGCCGAACCGAAGAGGGUGCCCAAGUUGCGGGAUCAUCGGUGGGAAAUGGAAACAUUUCCAGCUAGAUUUCCGGUGA